CUAACCUAUAAAAUUUACAUUUGUUCAGCCGCUUUGGAUCACAUCGCUGUCCGGGGAGGGAAUGUCAUGAAGUCGCCGGCGCUCACGCUGAAGCAGUUUAUGCUGCGUCAGGAGGUUCUGAAACUCUACAGGGACGUGUUCAGGACGAUUCGAAGAGUUCCCCAGGAGAGCGAUCGUGCGGAGCUGAAAGAGUGGGCCAGGAGGGAUUUCCAUGCCAAUCGCCACCACACUGAUGACACCACCAUCAAGAUGAUGCUGCACUAUGGCCGCAGGAGUCUCACAGAGUUGCAGAACAGCUUGGACUUGAGUGGAAACCGGUGAUUUAUUAGACCAGAACGUGCCAGAGAAACCUCGUGAGCAGCGCAAUCUGUAGACAUGUGCAUAGAGAUGUGAUUAAUAGAAUAACAA